AUGGCAAGCUCCCAGCCGGAUGCAGCAGGCCCCGCCACCGACCUCGCCGACGACGCACCCAGCCAUCGCCCUGAUAGCAUAUACUCCGAUUCCGUCGCCUCUUCCGCAUCUGGGAGAUCUCCUGGCCGCCAGAGCUGUCCGUGGAGAACCCAAGACUUCCACGACCAAGAGUGCUCACGAUACUUCGACUGUCCGUCCCACACCCUUGAACGAUCUCGCUCGAGCCCGACCGAUCGUCACGCGGACCGCCCGCCCAACCUGGACCUGGAAGAUCUGGGAAUGGCGAGCCGACCAGGCGAAGCUACACAGAACGAGCAAACAACGCCUGCGAUCGCACCGCGCGACCGUCCGCUUCCGCCCCAACCUACGGAAGACGAGGCGCAGUCGGACGACGAAGGGUCGGCACGGCCAGAUGAACGCAUGGCUUCCUUUGCUCGCAGACCUAGCCAGGCAUCCGCCAGUCGACUACCGCCAUCGCCUGGUACGCCGGGGCGCUAUGAGUUCCGGCCUGGCGCGGAAAGACCUUUGAUCCCCUUGGGCCAUGGACCUCUUCCAGCGUUGCCCCAUAACCGUUCGAGACCGCACACGGGCGGUCGAAGAUCUUCCGAAUACAUUGCUCCGAGAUGGCAGCCGGAUGCGGAGGUAACGUACUGCCCAAUCUGCCAGACGCAGUUCAGCUUCUUUGUGCGGAAGCACCAUUGCAGGGUCGUGUGCAACGCUUGCUCACCUCAUCGGAUCAUCAUACCUCAUCAGUUCAUUGUGAGGCCACCGGGGUACGAGCUUCCUCCGGAGAGCUUGCUCAUGGAUCAACUCGGAAUUGGGUAUGUUGAUGUUCAUGGGUCUGGAGGUGAAAGGGUCAGACUCUGCAAUCCAUGCGUCCCAGACCCGAACGUGGCGCCGCCUCAGAAUGCCUCGGGUCCUUUGUCGCCGACCUCGCCUGGCUCGGCUCGCGUGCCACAUCAGCGAUCUCGAAGUAGUAUUGGAGAUGCGUAUGGUGCGGCGACUGCCUCUCACAGGUACGGCGUUGUUUUUGCCAGUGGUCAGCAGAACGACGUGUUUCAAAGUUCUGCGCCGAGACACAGAAGUGUCACAAUGGUACCUCACGCCAUGCCUCACCAGUCAUCACGAGCGCGGCCGGGCCCAUCCACGUACUACCCUGGUGUCCAUGCCCGAUACUCAACCAGCGCUUCGAGCUCAUCUGCACCCUUUUAUCCUGCGCGCUACAGCUCCAUUAGCCAAGGACCGGCCUCACCACGCCAUCGAAACCUGCCACCAACUCCUCAGAUCGCAGAGGAAGACGAGUGUCCCAUAUGCCACCGCGAGUUGCCUCGGCGGACACUCCCAGACUUUGCCACUCUGCGAGAAGAGCACAUCAAUGCGUGCAUCCAGUCGCACAGCACGUACGGCAGCCCACUGCCGAGGGCAGAAGGCGACACACGCGAGCAGCCCGCGGUCGCACCCAGGAGGACUGGCAUGUACACGUACCCAGCAACCGAGAAGGACUGCAUCGAUGAUGCCGAAUGCACCAUAUGCUUGGAGGAGUUUGCGGUCGGCGUGCCAAUGGCACGACUGGAGUGUCUCUGCCGUUUUCAUCGUUCUUGCAUCACCGCGUGGUUCGUCAACCAUCCAGGGAGGUGCCCGGUGCACCAGCAUGACGGUUUUGGAUAUUAG